AUUCUCGGCAGCUUUUAAAAGAGCCUGUUGGGAAUAGGUUUUCUUUUUCCCCUCCUCCAAAAUAUCUAUACCCAAAACCGUCGCGAUGCUUGCGCGACCUCUUCCGGCUCGACAGAGCCUUUCCUUACCUCGAAUCAGCGCAGUGAGGCGGCCACAAUCAGUUGCCAGACACCCGCCCCUCUAUUCCCUCUAUUCCCUCCAUGCAUCAAGUCGUAGACUUUUAACCACCCGAGUCGAAUUGUUACCGAGGAGGAAAAAGAGCUCGCAGGACACUCAUGGGUCAAUCUUUCAGAGGUCUUUGGCUACGGCUAUAAACGACCCUAUACGAGGUGAAAGUCCUUACGAUCAUCUCCCUGAAAAGUACAUGUAUCCGCUAUCUCCGCCUCCUCAUUUAUACGAUAUACGACCCUUCGACCCUUCUUCGCCACUGCUCCUCAAACCUGCAGAGGAUCCUUUUCCUCGCUCUAGGAUUAGUAUCCAUGGCAUACCUGGUGGUGUCGACGAGAUGAUGUCGGUUUUUGAUGCCUGCUUACAAGUCGGCAAGCUAGAUAGAGCGGCUCUUGUCAUUACUCGCCUUAGUGAGAGCGGCGCCAUACAGGGUGCUUCCCUGACUGAGCUUCACAACCAAUACCUUCGCGCAGCCAUCGACAAAGCUUUUGAACAACCAGACUCUGAAUGGGCCCAGUCUUUACAUAAAUGGUACGAGCUAAAUAUUAGAGGUAAAGGUCUUCCUCAAACACCUGAGACCGUUGCUUGCAUGUUGAAGAUUUCGCUCUUAUCGACCCAAGGGCCACGACUGGAGCGGCUUGUGGCCCGAUACAUGGAUCUGAUGCCUGGAGAUGCCAUAUAUCAAGUUUUAUCAGAAGAUGACAUUUUGACCCAGCAAGACGUCGGCAUCAUAGCCAGCAUUUACCAGCCCGCUUCUGAUCUCCUGGAAGAUUGGGGGCCUAUGCUACAAGAUGAGGAAUCACAGUUGUUAGACACGGAAGUUAGCUCAACUGAACCGGUAAACAUCUCCGAGAUGAAAGCGGAGAGAGGCGAUACGCCCGAAGUUUUAGCCGUAGAUCAGAAAGGAUUGGGCCUCAAGACACUACGCGGCGUCUUAUCUUUCUUUUCCAAGGUUGAGGGCCGGGAUCUUUCGAAGCUGUCGUACGCAGAGCGCCGGGAAAUUCAGGCUCAGCUAGAGCAUGAUUGUGUUGACGCCGCUAUCAGCCGAUGGAGAGAAGAAAACCAGGCUCUUAUGAAAAUGGGCUUGAACACAUCGUUGUCCACGAGCGGCUUGAAUUCCCAGCUAUACGAAUGGCAAUGUGCCCUAGAAAGCAGGCUAGAGGAGGAAUUUGAGCUAUUCGAAGUAGCAGAAACCCGUGAAAAAAAGAACGAUGCGGAUCAGGAUCGCUGCAUAUGUUCCCCUUUCCUAAAGCAAUCAACACCGGCGAGGCUAUCCGCAGUCACAAUUAUAAGCGUCAUAAAUGCCAUGUCAUCUGUAGGCAUCGACGGGGGUAUUCAGCUAUCUACUUUGCUCAGCCAUAUCUCCAAGGCAGUAGAGGAGGAUAUUAGACAAAUGAUACGGCAGAAACGCAUAGAGGAAGCCAAACGUAAGGCUAAAACCCGGAAUAACAUGCUAAAGCUGAAACAGAAGAGCGCAACAAGCUCAUCGACAGCUCAGCCACCAACCGAGACGCCCAGCACAACCCAUGUUAAGACGGAAUCUAAUGUCGCAGAGGCGGAAUCCAAUGUCGUGGAAGAGUCUCUCUUCGAGGUUAGGUCGUGGCCUACGUUAAUUAGAACCAAGGUCGGCGUUGCUCUACUAUCUGCUUUGAUAGAUACCGCAAAAAUGAAUGUGGUCCGGGAGCACCCUGAAACGAAGGCUCUCGUCAGCCAACGGCAACCCGCUAUGGCUCAUACUACAAUAAACAGAAAGGGAAAGAAGGUUGGACUAGUCAUGCCGAACAAAUUCUUGGUCGAACUUUUGAAGCGAGAGCCUCCUGCGGAUUUCCUUGCUAGGCACCUACCCAUGCUUGUUGAGCCGGAACCCUGGACAAAAUUUGACAAAGGGGGCUUCGUUGAGUAUCCUGCCCAACUUGUACGAAUCAAGAACGGCGAGAAGGACCAAAGGGUGUAUGCCGAAGCAGCCGUGCAGAGGGGAGACAUGGAGCAGGUUAGCAAAGGUUUAGACGUCCUUGGUCGAACAGGAUGGCGAAUUAACAGACCUGUCUUCGAUGUGAUGCUUGAAGCGUGGAACAGCGGCGAGCCGAUAGCGAACAUUCCUCCUUUAGAUCCCCAAAUUCCCAUACCUCCAGAACCAGAAGCAUCCGACGAUCCCCUGCAGCGGCGGGAAUGGUUGAAUGCCGUGAAGGCUGCGGAGAACGAAAAGUCAGGUCUACACUCCGAGCGUUGUUUCAUGAAUUUCCAAUUUGAAAUUGCCAGAGCUUUCAAAGACCAGACAUUCUAUUUCCCGCAUAACAUGGACUUCCGAGGCCGAGCUUAUCCGAUCCCGACAUAUCUCAACCAUAUGGGCGCAGAUCAUGUUCGAGGUUUGCUUCGUUUUGCCAAGGGAAAGGAGCUUGGUGAGAAUGGAUUACGGUGGCUUAAGAUCCACCUAGCAAAUGUUUUUGGCUACGACAAGGCGAGUUUGAAGGAACGAGAAGCGUUCGUGACAGAUCACCUUGCCGACAUAUACGAUUCUGUCGCCAAUCCUCUGACGGGGAAGCGGUGGUGGCUCAAGGCCGAGGACGCAUGGCAAUGCUUGGCGACUUCUUUCGAACUGAAGGCGGCUCUCGAGUCUCCCGAUCCUACUAAAUUCGUAUCUCACCUCCCAGUUCACCAAGACGGUACAUGUAACGGACUGCAGCAUUAUGCGGCUCUCGGUGGUGAUAUUUGGGGUGCCCAACAAGUGAAUCUAUUACCCGGAGAGCGCCCCGCAGAUGUGUAUUCUGCGGUAGCCGACCUAGUAAAGGAAGGUAUCGCGAAGGAUUUAGAGGACUCGGACAAUGUCAUCGCGAAGGCGGUUGAGGGCAAGAUAACAAGAAAAGUGGUGAAGCAAACUGUCAUGACCAAUGUGUACGGCGUUACCUUCGUUGGCGCCAAAGCCCAAGUACAAAAACAACUCGAUGCGGCUUAUCCCAAUAUCCGACAAGAAACAGGCAUCCCGGUAGCUGUUCUCGCUUCUUAUGUCGCUACGAAGGUGUUUGGAGCUCUGUCUACUAUGUUUCGCGGAGCUCAUAAUAUUCAAUACUGGCUCGGAGAGUGCGCUGGUAGAGUCUGUCGCGCGCUUACCCCAGAGCAGAUGGAUCGAAUUGCUAAGGGAGAAGUGCCACCGCCUAGGACAACAGGUAUGCGAAAGACCACUACAAAGAGCACUACCGAUGAGAUUCUCGGUCAAUUCAGAUCGACAGUCGUCUGGACCACCCCGCUCCGCAUGCCUAUUGUACAACCAUACCGCAAAAACGGAACUCGUGUGAUCAGUACCUCGAUGCAGGAUCUUACCCUGCAGGUUCCCGAGAGUUCGGAUCCCGUCAAUCGACGGAAGCAAUUGCAGGCUUUCCCCCCCAAUUUCAUCCAUUCUUUGGAUGCCAGCCACAUGCUUCUCUCCGCGUUGCAGUGCGAUGAGCGUGGUCUCUCAUUUGCGGCCGUGCACGAUUCCUUCUGGACACACGCUGCCGAUGUUGAUGUUAUGAACGAUGUGCUCCGGGACAGUUUCAUUCGUAUACACAGCGAAGAUGUCAUCGGGCGCCUUGCAUCCGAAUUUAAAGCCCGAUAUAAAAGUUCUAUCUAUCUAUCUAAGGUCGAACGAUAUAGUAAGGUUGGAAAUAAGAUAGCUGCACUUCGCAAGAAGAGGAAAUUGUCUUUGAAAGAUGAACUCCUCGAGGAGCGAGAGAGAAUGCGAUUAUUGGCAUCUUCAGACCCCGAGGAGGUCAAGAAAGGCCAGGAAAUGCAGACGCCCGCUAGCAUCUUCGAAGAGAUGUCGGCCCCUCAGCCCCUAAACAGUGCAGAAGAUAUGGAAGGCAUGACAUUAGGCGACAUUCCCGAUGUAAAUGAGAUACUGGCCAGCGCAAUGGAAACAGUCGACGAAAACGGAGAGGACGAUUUAGCACUAGCUUCAGAACCCGUCAAACCCGUCAAGGCCGUCAAGGCCGUCAAGGCCAAGGUCGAUAAAGCUACCGAGUCGGACACGAAUCCCUCGAUGAAAGAAGUGAUGGAUAAUUUGCUAGAUGGGGUAAACGUCAGCCGCUUCGAACAAGAGCUCAGCGGAAGCAUCCAAAAAACAGCGAAAGCAAAGGCAAAGACUAAACCUACAUUCAUCAACGUGUGGCUUCCGCUUGAUUUCCCCGAGGUCCCUGAAAAGGGCGAUUUCGAUGUCACACGACUUAGGGAUAGCCAGUACUUCUUCUCAUGAGCUUGGGUAAGCUCGGUCGAGCUCGGUAAGGAGUCCGAGUUUUUAGGACGGCUCGAAGAUGGAUGGCGUUAUGAUGAUGGUUAUUGCAUUAUGAGCGAAUGCAUCAUGCGGCGUUUGGUG